GGGCGGUACCAUGAGUAGCGGAGGGGGAGGAGUGGCACGGACGAGAAUCCGCCAUUCUUCUUCUUAGGCUUUGCUGCAGCGCUUUCCUCGUUAUUGUUUGUAAGCGGACGGAGAUGUCGGGCGAAGUCGAGAUGCAAGAGGAGAGCAUGAUGGAGGCGUCCGCCAGCGAAGCAGAGGCAGAAACGGAAGCAGAAGCCGAAGCAGAAGCUGAAGCUGAAGCUGAGGCCGAGGCUGAGGCCGAAGCCAGCGGCCCUAGCGAGGGGGGGAAGCUGAACUCCGGCAAGGCCGAGGAGGACGAGGGGGAGCGCUGCUGGCUGAUGGAGUCCACAGGAGAUGGACCUCGUCUUCUUCCCAGCAUGCACUGGAAGAUGUUUAUUGGAGGGCUUAGUUGGGACACCACAAAGAAAGACCUGAAGGAUUACUUUGCAAAAUUUGGAGAAGUUGUAGACUGUACCUUAAAAUUGGAUCCAAUCACUGGUCGGUCAAGAGGCUUUGGCUUUGUAUUAUUUAAAGAAUCUGACGGUGUUGAUAAGGUGAUGGAGCAGAAAGAGCACAAGUUAAAUGGCAAAGUUAUUGACCCAAAAAGGGCAAAAGCAAUGAAAACAAAAGAUCCAGUAAAGAAAAUAUUUGUGGGUGGCUUGUCGCCAGACACCCCAGAAGACAAGAUAAAGGAGUACUUUACAACAUUUGGGGAGGUUGAAUCAGUUGAGCUUCCCAUGGACAACAAGACCAGCAAGCGACGUGGCUUCUGCUUCAUCACAUUUACUGAAGAAGAACCAGUGAAAAAAAUCAUGGAGAAGAAAUACCAUAAUGUCGGCUUGAGUAAAUGUGAAAUCAAAGUAGCGCUUUCAAAGGAACAGUACCAGCAGCAGCAGCAGUGGGGCACGAGAGGCGGUGGAUCCUCGUCAAGAUCACGCGGACGUGGAGCAAUUCCGUCCAUAGGCUCAAAUCAAAGCUGGAAUCAGGGAUACAGUAGUUACUGGAGUCCAAGCUACAGUAGUUAUGGCUAUAACAACCCGGGUUAUGGAGGCUAUGGCAACUAUGACUACACUGGUUAUAACUACUAUGGAUAUGGAGAUUACAAUAAUCAGCAGAGUGGUUAUGGGAAAACAGCCAGACGAGGUGGUCAUCAAAAUAGUUACAAACCCUACUAAAUUAUUCCCUUUCCAACGUGUCACAAACAGCGGGGAAUUCAUUGCAGGCCCUGUGUCGCGCUGACUUCACGAUUCUCACAGGCCCGCUCAAUGCGGACAGGGUACGAGAUGCUCACGCUCUCGAAUGCUGCCGUUUGGUAUGGUCUCUUCCAACAUCCUGUAUCAGCAAUAUAAUUUAAACUGGAUACUCCGAGCUAUGCUUUCACUUAUUCCUUUGUAGUAAAAAGUGUAAAUUUAAGUACAUUGCAGUAAAUUUUAAUACAUUUUUUUCAGGCCCCCGUAAUCAUUAGAUUGGUGAACUUUACUGAAUAAUUUUAACUAUUUGUUCUUCUAAGGGUACAGAUUAACUCUGGAUUUUCAUAUUUAUUUUUCCUCCAUAGUAUUAAUCUAUUUAAAUGCUUGCUUUUCCCUUUUGAUAAACAUAGCCAUAAUUGCAGUAUGUUCUUGGUCUGAAUUCCUGUUGUGUAUCAAUUUUUCAAAAGCAGGUUUACCUACUGAAGAUUUGUAAUGCUAAGAACCUUCUGGGAGCACGUGACUUUUCUGUCUGUAUGAGAACACAGUUCUGUACUGUCUCAUAAUGCAUCUCUUAUUUUUAAAUUUUUUUAGAUAAAGGGGUAUUCCCAUCGGAGACAUUGAUGGCACUUCACUAGGAGUUGAUCCCAUGUCUGGGACCGCUGCUGUCUCCAGAACAGGAGCCACGAAGUGAACAGGGAGCAGCUGAGUAUGCGCUGCUGCCCUCCAUUCAGUUCCAUAAAUAGCUGAGCUCUGGUUUGGCUAUUUCCGGCAGUCCCAUAUAGGUGAACAAUGAUGUGGUUCUGCAUGCACAGUGUGCUAGCUAUUCAUUGCUAUGGGACUU